UUUCGCUAUCGGUCCUUUCCGGUAUUUUGGGACAACAUUCAAAAUGGCCGACGAUAGUGUUGAGGAGAAAAAAGUGUGCACAUUUAUUAAGAAAACAGUAAGAAGACCUCACUUUCAGCGUAAAUCACAAUCAAGUGGUUCAGAGAGCAGUGAUGAAAAUGACGGAAAUGUUGUUAUCAAAGCAAAGAGAGCUAGAGGACCACAAAGAAUGGUUCAGUCAACGAAGACAAAGAAGGUUGGAUAUGAUGAUAUAUCUGACAGUGACAGUGAUGUGGAUGUUAGAAAGUCUGUAGCAGUGACUUAUAAAUCAUCUAGAACAGGCAAAAGUGAGGGACCACAAGAUAUGGGUGCAACAUCAACAGUUCAGAUUGAUACGGACCUAGCAAAUGAUGCCAGGGCUAUCUUUGAGAAACAGCAAGAAAUCAACAAGGAGUUAAAAGGUAUAGAAGAUGACAAGGUAUAUAGAGGGAUCAACAAUUAUCAGGUGUUCUAUGAAAAGAGAGACACAGCUCAGGGUAAUGCAGCAAGUAACUCUGUCAGGAAAGGACCUCUACGGGCACCAGCUCAUUUGAGAGCAACAGUAAGAUGGGAUUAUCAACCUGAUAUAUGUAAAGAUUAUAAAGAAACUGGCAUGUGUGGGUUUGGAGACAGUUGUAAAUUUUUGCAUGACAGAAGUGAUUAUAAACAUGGCUGGCAACUAGAAAGGGAGAUGGAGCAAGGUACAUACGGACAUGGACAGGAGGAGAAUUACGAGAUCAGUAGCGAUGAGGAUGAGCUCCCUUUCAGAUGUUUUAUAUGUAGAAAAUCUUUUGUUAACCCUGUCAUAACAAAAUGUAAACAUCAUUUUUGUGAAAAGUGUGCAUUGUCGCAGUACAAAAAGUCUCAGAGAUGUUUUGUUUGUAAUGAACAGACCAUGGGAGUAUUUAACCCGGCAAAAGAAUUGAUUGCCAAAUUAAAGAAAAGGAAGGAAGAAGGAAUUGCAGACCCUGAUAGUGAUAGUGAUGAUGAUAAUGACUGACAACACUCCCUACAAGAUUCAGUUGUGUUCAAAAUGUUGCUUACUAAGCAAUGCCAUCCUGACAAUUGGUCAAUGUAAUGCAUAAAUGUACAUUUACAUUUACCAAUUUAGUGCUCAGAUUGAUGAUCAUAAUAUUAGUGAAGUGGAGGAGUUUAUUUAUUUGAGUUCAAAACUUAGCAUGCAGAUGACAAAUACUGCAAAAUCAUUAUUAUACUUUGUGCACUUAUUUUCUUGGAUAGGUCAAUCCGUGAAUUAAAGAUUCAACGAAAUUUCAUUUUGUCUGCUGUAAGAUUAUAUUGCAUCACAUUAUUUACAUUUUACCUUUUGGAAAAAUAAACAGUCCACAAAUUUAAGUGCCCACAAAAAUAAUUGUUCUUUAUGACAAAAGCACGAAAUUUCAUGUCCACAAAAUUAAGUUAAUUCACAGUAUGAUGGAUUUUCUUUAUUUAUCCUUUUUUUGUUUUAUAAAGAACAUAAUAGUGUUUAUCAACACCUUAAAAAUGAAUAAAUUCUAGAACUGACGUGAUUGUUAUUGAUGUUUAAUAUCUUUAUAUUUAAUCUAAUCGUAAAUAUCUGUAUUAUAAUGAAAUAUGUGAAAUAAAAAAUAAUCAUGUACAAUACCAGCUGAUAUAAGAUAGGGCUGAAUGUCAGUAAUAUUUUUAGAAUAAAAUUCUUGUAUCAGCU